AUGACCCAAUUCACAUAUACGAAGCUUGAUCGCAGCCGCGAGGAAAUCCGACUUCUGCGGUUGCUGCCAGGCGAAUUUGACGACGACAUCGCUUUUAACAUCUUCCACACUCCCUUAACGCCGGCGCCACCUUCCGCUUCGACCAGAUUGUCUCUCAGAGAACUCCAGAACACUCUCCCGGAUCCCAGAAAUCAAGUAGUAGGAAAGACAUUCGACAAUCGCUAUCUCUUCGUCAACUUUGGCAAGGAUGACCCCCCAAAGCCCAACUCGUUCGACCAUCCGAGCCCCGACUUCGAUCGUAGCUCCUAUAUUCUAGGCCCACCAUUGAAAGACUAUGAACCCAAGUUCGAGGCCCUGUCGUACACUUGGGGAGACAGCACAAGCCCGAUCUCUGCCUUUGUGGCCAGCUCGACCGAUCCGGGGCUUACAAUGCCGAUCGGUCGGAACCUGGCCAUGGCGCUACGAUAUCUUCGUUCAAAGGACCAGUCCCGGACUCUAUGGGUGGAUGCCGUCUGCAUCAACCAAAACGACGUCGACGAGCGAAACGUAGAGGUCAAGCGCAUGAAAGACGUGUACACGUUAGCAAAUCGCACUGUCAUCUGGCUGGGUGAGGAAGCGGACGAAAGCACCCUGGCACUUAAUACUCUGCAUUACUACGGAAACCAGAUCGAGGUUGCUGAGAAUGAGAUCAACGUAUUUGCUGGCGAUGCUCCAGGGGCCACCAAGCCUCACUGGUGGCAGGACGAGUGCGAACUGCCGUUCGACAAAACGACGUGGGACUCGUUAAAGAGCCUUCUUCUUCGCCCGUGGUUUAAACGAGUCUGGAUAUUACAAGAGGCUUUGCUAUCCAGAGCGAGGGCAGAUGUUCAAUGUGGUCGCACGACUGUACCAUGGGUGGCUGUUCAGAAAUCAAUGUACAGGCUUGAGAGCAAUCAAUCGAUCCCUUUGGAAAUCGCUCAAUUAUUACGGCCAUGGGCCGCCAUACUAGCACCAGCGCAACGCAAUGCUGGCGUGUGCUUGUUGCGAUGGGCAAAACAUCAAAAUUGCUCAGAUCCUCGCGAUAAGGUUUAUGGUGUCCUCAGCUUGGUACCCGAGAAGAUACGACGCCAUAUCGACGUCGACUAUUCCAAGACGGUGUCGCAUGUCUAUAUUGACGCGAUUCUGGCUGAGAUCCAGGCCACGAAGGAGGUCCAUCUUCUCGGAGACAUUAGUCCUCUUGCCGACCGAAUGCCCGACGCUCCAUCUUGGGUUCCAAAUUGGGCACCGAAGGCUAACCCUCGCCCCGAACUUUUCCCAGACCGACGGUUCUUGCCAUCACUUAAUUCGGCAGCCGCAGUCCGACACGUGGACCCGAACAUCCUCGAGGUAAUGGGCGUGCAUUGCGCGACGGUCUCUUCGCUCGGGCCGGCGGCCUCUGGCUCAUCGGCCGAUCGACUGCGAGCGUUCAUCGCAUGGCAGACCCGAAAAUUCGGGAGACUUCCAAAGGAAGGAACUACGACUGAGCACCUCGAUGCCGGUCUGUAUGCAUUGCUAUAUGGGGGUGUGAGGGAGACCGCCACUCAACAGAUCGACCACUCUGUCUUUCCAACGAUAGACGACGUUCGAUCGCAUUAUCUCCGCGCUGCGGCCGGGGAUGCUGCCUCUUUCGACGUCAUCGCAGGACACGUCACUGCCUUCGCAGGCCAUGGGGAUGGCUCACUUUUCAUUACCAAUGAAGGACACGUGGGCGUUGGGCCGUGGGAAGUGCAGCUAGGUAAGACUACUCAAGCUCUAUAA